AUGGCAACCAAAGCAAAUGGCACGGAGACCCCUGACGUCGAAAAUCUCUACCAUGUGCUCCUCAGCACCUCUCACAUCCAACGAGACCCCAACGGCGCGAUAGAGAAGCUGCAAGUUUGCGCGACAUUUACAGAUCUCAAGGCAGCCAAGGCCGAGGCACACAAGACUCUCUUCGAGGCCGGCUAUGAGCGAGAAUGGUUUACCGUGUAUGAUACAAACCAGGCGGAGUUUGCUGCUCAUCAUGUCAAACGAAGGACAGGCCUUGCCGUCUAUGCGAAGGCGCAGGAUGGGACCGUCUUCCGUAGCUACGUCGCCACCACCCCAAACACGCAAGGGUUCCAAAGCGACGCCGAGGACCACAAAAUACAUUUCCCGCUCUAUCACGUCAUUGAAACAAUUGUCCUGUACGAUGAGGACGACAGUGGAGAAGCCAGGGAGACGAACGUGGAAGGCUCCUUCCGAACUUACGAAGAGGCACGACAAUUCGCAAACCGAGUUCUCCUGGCGCCAGAAAGCGGCGUGACAAAGGACUCGUUCGCACAGUACGACGAGGCCGGACCAUCAGAGAAGGAUUGCGGAUAUGGCGAGAAUGUCGUCGUGCAUGCCGUUGGCGGUAACGGAGAAAACUUGCUGGUCAGCGUCCUGAAGGGCCAGGAGCUGGAAUCUGUGCGGUUGGCAGAGGCGGCGAUCAAAAUCCGUUCUAAUUAA